GAAGUGUCUUUGCCAAAAACAUAAGACUUGAGUUCUUCACACUACCAUGGGGAUAAGGCACCUUUUGUUGCUGCUGAUCUACCUGGACCCGCUGUGCGUGCUUAGUGCCGCCACAGGCGUCAAAAAAACCAAGCCGGGUAUCAAGAAGCCCAAACCCACUAUGGUCCCCACGGUGGUCCCGCAGAAGACCCCGCAGCCGGCGCCCGCCAGAGACCACGACACAUGCCUGGGCUACUACGACGUGAGCGGGCAGUAUGACAAAAUGUUCGAGUGCAACAACACGGACCACCGGUAUUGCUGCGGGACGUGCUACCUGCGCUUCUGCUGCGACUACAAGAAAGACCGGCUGGAUCAGAAAGCCUGCAAGAACUACCAAACACCGGUGUGGGUGCAGACGGCCGCCCCGUCGCCCAUCCCGACCGGUGAAACGUACGAUCCGAGCAUGGAUCAGACCAACACCGCGGUCUAUAUCACCUGUGGGAUCAUAGCCUUCAUCAUAGUGUUGGGAGUGUCGGUCAAAGUUGCGUACGACAAAGCGACAGAGCCGCCUCAGGAAAUGAAUAUACACAGGGCCCUCGCAGACAUCCUGAGGCAGCAGGGGCCCAUCCCCAUAUCGCAAUACGACUGCGAGAAUUUCGCAGCGAUGAACGGCUCGCCCAAAGACAACACACCAGUCAGAACCUCAUCCAAGAACCACUACACCCCUGUUCACACCUCCAAAUCCAACCACGGUCUCCACUAUGGGAAGGAGAGCGUCCGCAGCAGUGGAGGCGCUGACCUUCACAACUUCAUCUCCUCUGGCUUCGUGACGCUGGGUCGAGGCCAUCAGAAAGGCGAAAAACAUUGGCCGGUCCGCUCCCAGAGUCACCAUGGUACCCAUCAGCACAGCUAUAACCAUGUGGCUCUAGGUAGCCCUACACGCACACCUAAGAAUGCUCACCGAUCAUUGAGACGUGAAAACAAUCGGAUAAGCGGCAUCCUGACCUCGCAGACGGAACCCUACGACCUGUCUUUCUCACGCUCCUUCCAGAGCCUGUCACACCUGCCGCCCUCCUAUGAGGCGGCCGUCAAAGCCGACCUCAACCGGUUCUCAUCCCUGAAGAAACUCACAGAUAAAGAAGUCGAGGACUACUACACUCGUAAGCGCCACCUGCCCGACCUGGCAGCAAGAAGCACGCUUCCCUUGCAUGUUCUCAAAAUGACUCAAGACCAGCACCGGGAACAGCAGCAGCAGCUCCAGAGCCAGCCCCCGCAGUCCUCCAUGUCCCAGGCCCCUUCCCAGUCGCAACCCUCACAGCAGCAGUCCCAGCAAAGGCAGAGGCCUCGUCGUGUCCAGAGGGCCAUGUCCCAGGACCGAGUCCUGUCCCCGCAGAGAGCCCCGCAGCAGGACUACAGCAUGUCCUCGAAUGGUAUGUCCCCUUACGGAGGCAGGAUCCUGUCAGACGAGCAGCUCCUGUCAGCUGAACGUCUCCGAUCCCAGGAGCGUCUUCUUCCCCAAGACCGCCACACCUCCCAAGAUCGCCUGUACUCCAAGGACCGCAUGUACUCCAAGGACCGACUCCUGUCACAGGAUCACCUCUACUCAAAAGACCGCCACUACUCUCAAGACCGCCUCUAUUCACAAGAGCGCCUGUAUUCACAAGACCGCCUCCUCUCCCAGGAUCCCCUGCUCUCGCCGGACAAGCUGAUGAUGUCGCUGAAGCGCGGCAUGGUGAGCAGCAUCUCUGGCGGGUUUCGCGGCAGCGACAAGUCAAUGUCACGUGCCAUCUCGCACACAGAUGUGUUCAUACCGACCACGCCGCUUAUGGAUCGCUACAAGAUGACCAAAAUGCACUCCCAUCCCAGUGCCUCUAACAAUGGUGGCGGUGGCGGUGGCGGCGGCGGCGGUGGCUGUGGCAGCGGUGGCGGUGGCGGUGGCGGCAGCAGCGUGGCAGCAGCAGCGGGAGGCAGUGGGCACUCCAACACUUUAGCCAUGAACCAGACAGCAAACAAGAGGCAGGCAUUUGCCUCCAGACGGACUCAUACUGUGGAACAGCUCCACUAUAUCCCGCCGCACCACCAGCAGCAGCAGCAACAGCAGCCACAGCACUACCGCACAGGCAGCAAGACUGAGGUGACUGUGUAACCACGACUACCUGAACUGCACUGGAAGGAGCACUGUUGUGCGCCAGGGGGGUGGGAUUAAAAGGGGCACGUGGGUACGCUGGCCUUCUUUUAGAGUAGGACGGUGGCGAUUUCACUUUCUUUGACUGAGGUUCCUGCAAAGUCAGAGAUUCCAGGACCAAGAACAUCCACACGCUUACUGAGAGAGACCGGAAAAACGAGCUACACUGUACACUGCAAACACAGGCCCAGCUAGAUCUGACGCCAGAGAGGGUCGUGGAUGGGGGGAGGUGUGGUAUUAUCCAGCUAACUUGCCUAUUAUUUCCACUGUCUUGAUUACCCUAUUCAUCCCCAGGCUCCGGCCUCAUUCUGUGUAUGUUUUAGUGAGAAAACACUGAUUGUGUCUGUUUAAGCCUUUAUCGCCCCCCCCCUUUGUCCAACAAAUCUAUUCUGUGACCU